AUGUCUAUACGCUUUGCUCACUCCAUUGCUAUCGUUGCUCUCGAAUCACGACAUCCACUGGUUUACUUCCCUCUAACAUCAUUUCAUAUGGCCUCUCACGCAUUACGAUUGACGAACUUAUCUUUUUUAUCACGUACCAUCCUCAUUUACGACUUUUGCAAUGUCCUGUCCGUGUCAAGACGCCAUGUAUUUCAUGUCUGCAACCCCAACGUCUAG